AAGCCGCUGCCGCCGCCGCCAUGGACGAUUCGGGCCUGAUUCGUCGCCGGAGGAUGCAGAAGGAUUUGCCCCUGCCCCGGAAAAGCAGCAGCUGCCGCACCAGCAACCGGAAAAGCCUCAUUCUGACCAGCACUUCGCCCACGCUGCCGCGACCUCACUCCCCACUGCCAGGACACCUGGGUAGCAGUCCCCUGGACAGCCCCCGCAACUUCUCCCCCAACGCCCCCGCCCACUUCUCCUUUGCAUCCUCCCGAAGGGCGGAUGGACGUCGUUGGUCUCUGGCUUCACUCCCAUCGUCUGGCUAUGGCACCAACACACCCAGCUCCACCGUCUCGUCUUCCUGCUCCUCCCAGGAGCGCCUGCACCAACUGCCCUAUCAACCCACCGUGGACGAGCUCCACUUCCUCUCCAAACACUUCGGCAGCACGGAGAGCAUCACGGACGAGGAUGGUGGCCGCCGCUCCCCUGCCGUGCGGCCUCGCUCGCGGAGCCUCAGCCCCGGGCGCUCCCCCUCCUCCUACGACAACGAGAUAGUGAUGAUGAACCAUGUCUACAAGGAGAGGUUCCCCAAGGCCACAGCGCAGAUGGAAGAGAAGCUGCGAGACUUCGCCCGCGCCUACGAACCUGACAGCGUGCUGCCGCUGGCCGACGGAGUACUCAGCUUCAUCCACCAUCAGAUCAUCGAGCUGGCCCGGGACUGCCUGACCAAGUCCCGCGACGGCCUCAUCACCACUGUCUACUUUUACGAAUUGCAGGAAAAUCUGGAGAAGUUGCUGCAGGACGCCUAUGAACGCUCCGAAAGCCAGGAGGUGGCCUUCGUCACUCAGCUGGUGAAGAAGCUGCUCAUUAUCAUCUCCCGCCCAGCAAGGCUGCUGGAGUGCUUGGAAUUCAACCCUGAGGAGUUCUACCACUUGCUGGAGGCAGCCGAGGGCCAUGCUAAGGAGGGCCACCUUGUCAAGACGGACAUCCCCCGCUACAUCAUCCGCCAGCUGGGCCUCACCCGUGACCCCUUUCCAGAUGUGGUGCACCUGGAGGAACAGGACAGUGGUGGCUCUAACACACCUGAGCAGGACGAUCUCUCAGAGGGCCGCAGUGCCAAGGCUAAGAAACCACCUGGGGAGAAUGACUUUGAGACCAUCAAGCUCAUAAGCAAUGGUGCCUACGGCGCGGUCUACCUGGUGCGGCACCGGGACACGAGGCAGCGUUUUGCGAUGAAGAAGAUCAACAAGCAGAACCUGAUCUUGCGUAACCAGAUCCAGCAGGCCUUUGUGGAGCGCGACAUCCUCACCUUUGCUGAGAACCCCUUUGUGGUCGGAAUGUUCUGCUCCUUUGAGACCCGUCGCCACCUCUGCAUGGUCAUGGAAUAUGUGGAAGGGGGGGACUGUGCUACCCUGCUGAAGAACAUUGGGGCGCUGCCUGUGGAGAUGGCCCGUAUGUACUUCGCUGAGACGGUGCUGGCCCUUGAGUACUUGCACAACUAUGGCAUCGUGCACCGCGACCUCAAGCCUGACAACCUCCUUAUCACCUCCAUGGGGCACAUCAAGCUCACGGAUUUCGGCCUCUCCAAGAUGGGGCUUAUGAGUCUGACCACCAACCUAUAUGAAGGCCACAUCGAGAAGGAUGCCCGGGAGUUCCUGGAUAAACAGGUGUGUGGGACCCCAGAGUACAUCGCACCCGAGGUCAUCCUACGCCAGGGCUACGGCAAGCCAGUGGACUGGUGGGCCAUGGGCAUCAUUCUCUAUGAGUUCCUGGUUGGCUGUGUGCCCUUCUUCGGAGACACACCUGAAGAGCUCUUUGGACAGGUCAUCAGUGACGACAUCCUGUGGCCCGAGGGGGAUGAAGCCCUGCCCGCGGAUGCCCAGAACCUGAUAUCUAGCCUCCUGCAGACCAACCCCCUGGUCCGGCUAGGAGCAGGCGGUGCCUUUGAGGUGAAGCAGCACAGUUUCUUUCGAGACCUGGAUUGGACAGGGCUGCUGAGGCAAAAGGCCGAGUUCAUCCCCCACCUGGAGUCCGAGGAUGACACCAGCUAUUUCGACACCCGCUCAGACAGGUAUCACCACGUGAACUCUUAUGAUGAGGAAGACACGACGGAGGAGGAGCCUGUGGAGAUCCGCCAGUUUUCCUCCUGCUCCCCGCGCUUCAGCAAGGUGUAUAGUAGUAUGGAGCAGCUGUCGCAGCAUGAGCCCAAGACCCCCGUGGCAGCAGCGGGGGUCAGCAAACGGGAGCCAAGCGCCAAGGGGCCAGAGGAGAAGGUGUCGGGCAAGCGGGAGGGCCUAGGCGGCCUGACCCUGCGAGAGAAGACCUGGAGAGGGGGCUCCCCGGAGAUCAAGCGCUUCUCGGCAUCCGAGGCCAGCUUCCUGGAGGGGGAGGCCAGUCCCCCGCUGGGAGCGCGCCGCCGUUUCUCGGCCUUGCUGGAGCCCAGCCGCUUCAGUGCCCCUCAAGAGGACGAGGAUGAAGCUCGGCUGCGCAGGCCACCCCGGCCCACCUCCGAUCCCCCAGGCUCUCUGGAUGCACGGGCCCCUAAAGAGGCAGCUCAAGGGGAUGGCACCCCCAGCACCGGGGACCCUGAGGCCACUGACCUCCCACGCCCAGGCGACCUCUGCCCAACCUCGAAGGAUGGGGACCCAUCAGGCCCAAGAGCCACCAAUGACCUGGUUCUGCGCCGGGCACGGCACCAGCAGCUGUCUGGGGACCCCACGGUAGAGAAGCGGCCUUCUAGAACAGGGGGCAAAGUUAUCAAGUCAGCCUCGGCCACUGCCUUGUCUGUCAUGAUCCCUGCAGUGGACCCCCAUGGAAGCUCACCCCUGGCCAGCCCCAUGUCCCCACGAUCUCUGUCCUCCAACCCAUCCUCACGGGACUCUUCACCCAGCCGGGACUACUCACCGGCUGUCAGUGGUCUCCGCUCCCCCAUCACCAUCCAACGCUCGGGCAAGAAGUAUGGCUUCACACUGCGUGCCAUCCGUGUCUAUAUGGGUGACUCCGAUGUCUACAGUGUACACCACAUUGUCUGGCACGUGGAGGAGGGGGGCCCAGCCCAGGAGGCAGGGCUCUGUGCCGGAGACCUUAUCACCCAUGUGAACGGGGAGGCUGUGCAUGGCAUGGUGCAUCCUGAGGUCGUCGAGUUGAUCCUUAAGAGUGGCAACAAAGUGGCCGUGACCACAACACCGUUCGAAAAUACCUCCAUCCGCAUUGGCCCUGCGCGGCGCAGCAGCUACAAGGCCAAAAUGGCUCGGAGGAACAAGCGUCCCUCUACCAAGGAGGGUCAGGAGAGCAAGAAGCGUAGCUCCCUCUUUCGCAAGAUCACGAAACAGUCGAACCUGCUGCACACUAGCCGCUCGCUGUCGUCAUUGAACCGCUCGCUGUCGUCCAGCGACAGCCUCCCAGGCUCGCCCACCCACGGGCUGCCGGCGCGCUCACCCACCCACAGCUACCGCUCCACGCCUGACUCCGCCUACCUAGGUGCCUCAUCCCAGAGUAGCUCUCCAGCCUCGAGCACACCCAACUCUCCGGCAUCGUCGGCGUCACACCACAUCCGGCCCAGCACGCUGCACGGCCUGUCGCCGAAGCUGCACCGCCAGUACCGAUCGGCGCGCUGCAAAUCGGCCGGCAACAUCCCGCUGUCGCCGCUGGCGCACACGCCGUCCCCAACGCAGGCGUCGCCACCGCCGCUGCCAGGCCACACGGUGGGCAGCUCGCACACGACGCAGAGCUUCCCGGCCAAGCUGCAUUCGUCGCCACCGGUGGUGCGCCCGCGCCCCAAGAGUGCCGAGCCCCCGCGCUCACCGCUCCUCAAACGCGUGCAGUCAGCAGAGAAGCUGGGAGCCUCGCUGGGCGCUGACAAGAAGGGCGCGCUGCGCAAACACAGCCUGGAGGUGGGCCACCCGGAUUUCCGCAAGGACUUCGUCGCUGUCCGCCGCUUGGGCCGCCAGGAGUCGCCCCUGAGCCUGGGCGCGGACCCAAUGCUGCCCGAGGGCGCCCCCAGGCCACUGGCGUCGAGUAAGGAGAAGGAGUCCCCGGGUGGCACCGAGGCCUGCACCCCGCCCCGCCCGACGACCUCCGGGGGCAGGACCCUGGAGCGGGAUGCCAGUGGCACACGACAUCAGAGCGUGCAGACAGAGGAUGGCGCAGGUGGGGUGGCCAGGGCCGUGGCCAAGGCCGCGCUGAGCCCAGUGCAGGAACACGAGACCGGCCGGCGCAGCAGCUCUGGCGAAGCAGGCACGCCCCCGGUGCCCAUUGUCGUAGAGCCCGUGAGGCCUGGGGCCAAGGCUGAGGCGUCCCAGCCCCUGGGCUUGGACUCCAAAGGGUUACAGGAAUCUACACCCCUGGUGCCUCCCGCACCUGAGGCCCUCCGGGGCCGAGAGCGCUGGGUGCUGGAGGUAGUGGAAGAGCGGACCACGCUGAGCGGGCCUCGUUCCAAACCUGCCUCUCCCAAGCUCUCCCCAGAGCCCCAGACCCCCUCCCAAGCCCCAGCAAAGAAUGUGCCCAGCAGUGCAGGGCCCCCAGCCCCACCCGCUUCCCUCCUGGUCCCGACCAAGCCUGAGGUGGGGCUGACCUCCCUGUGCCCUGCUGAAGCUGUGCCCCCAGCAGGCCUAACCAAAAAAGGGGCACCCUGCCCCAUGCCCCCAGGCCCAUAG